CACGAAAAGGUUACGUGACGUGCUUUACUCAAAUUGAUCUGAUUGUGCAAACCUGCUUGGUUUUCUGAGCGUGGAACAUUUGUUUGAGCCGGAUGUUUUCUGGUAUACUCUUAAAAUAUAAGCAAGAUUUGACGCAUGGGGAAUGGAAAUACCAAUACCUGAAAAUGUAUUGAGUUUACUGAAACGCUGUCUAUUAUGGCCACAGUAAUGGUGCAAUCAAUUUUCAAUAAAUGCUAGCCAAAAAGCCUUUUUUCCUGGAAUAACAGCAAGCUGCCACUGAUGCUAGAAAUCUGAAAUAAAAACAGGUGAUACUGUAGAAACUCCGGUCUGACAGCAUCUGUGGAGAGAGAGAGUUACGUUUUGAGUUUAGUAAGACUCUUCUUUAGAACAUCUUUUUCCUGGAAUUUGAUUCGACCACAUUCACCGUUUCCAGACCUGUCAAAAGUAGCUAGCUGUCAAGAGGUGCUGGUUUGAAAUCACUGGGUUACGCUUGAACAACAGAGGCAUCUUGAUUAAUCUAAGUUACUUGAAAGGAGAAACUACAAUACAACGAUUGCAAUUAAUGGUUACGGAAAGGAAGUAAUCAGGAUGGAAGAUGCUUUCAUUGAGUUCUGUGGCCUUGCCAACAAAAAUGAUAGCCUUAAACCAAACGAAGUGUCUUUCAUCGAAGAAAUCUGUUUCACUGAAAGUGUGAACUUCCUUGUACAUCUGGGUUUUGUAGUUUGCUCUAUUGUUGGCCUUAUUGUGAUUAAAUGCAGACGGAGAUCCGUUACAACAUUUCAUAUUGAUAGUGGCUUGAGAGGCUGGAUCCAUUUUCCAUGGCACAACGUUCGAUGGAUAUUAACAUUCUUCUAUAUUUUCAUAUCAGCCUGUUGUUUAGCAGAUGGCAUUUUGUCACAAUUAUACUCAAUGUUUGACAGACCAUUUAUUUAUAUACCAGAUGCAGCACAACUAGCCUCUAGUGUUCUUUCAAUCAUCUACUAUGACGUUGCUGAAAGUGCAAAUGCACCCUUGUUUUUGGUACUCUUUAUCUUUCACUGGCCUGCCGCCUUUAGCAUUAACAUAUUUAAAAUAUAUCAGCUAUAUUCCCAAAAGUUCAUCACGAGUGAUUUGACUUUCCUCCUUGUCUGUACCCUGGUAACAAUCUAUGGAUCCUUUCUCAUUCUGGAACUUGGCGUAUUUUUUAAAAAGGGUUACUUCUGUCCAGGGUAUUCCAGAGACAUACCACCUUUAGAACUACAAGAUCCAGAAAAAAAGUUUCAUCAACCUUAUGUCAAUGUUUUGUCACAGAUUACCUACACAUGGAUUUCAUGGGUUUUGAAAAGUGGCUACCAGAAGCCAAUUAGGAUGGAAGACCUUGGAAAACUCUCCCAGGAAGAAACUGCACAGAAAAAUUUUGAUUUAUUAAAAAUGUAUUAUGACAAGCAAAAGGCAAAGAAACCUUCAGGAAGAGCAGAAGCUCAAGAUCUAGCCAAGGUUUAUUUCAAGGCAUUUGGCGGUCCGUUCCUGAUAGCAUCAGUUUUGAAGAUUAUUGGUGAUCUAGCUGGAUUAGGAGGGCCACUCUGCAUUGAUGGUAUUCUCCGAUUUGUGUCUACUGAGUCAAAGGAAUCAGAGAAGGGAAUACAUUUUGUGAGUUUCUGGGAAUUUAUUAGUAAUGGAUAUGUAUUGGCAUUCUUGAUGCUAUGUACAGUUCUCCUUCAGAAUGUUUGCUUACAGAUUUCAUACUACAUUGUUAUCCGGGAUGGAAUACACAUUAAAACAGCUCUUCAAACGAUGAUUUACUUGAAAGCUUUGUCACUGCCUAUGUGGGUCGUCAAUGGAGGUCAUCUGACAGUAGGCCAGAUAAUCAAUCACAUGUCAGUGGAUGCUUUUCAAAUAAUGAUGGCAGCAUUUAUGGGAUACUAUGUCAUUGCAAUUCCAAUACAGAUUGUACUGGCAGUGCUAUUACUCUAUACGCAACUGGGGUAUAGUGCUUUGAUAGGGGUUUCUAUCAUCAUUGUGCUCAUCCCCCUUCAGUACUUCAUCUCAAAACAAUUUGCUUCUAUUCAAAGAAAAACAAUGGAAUAUACAGAUGAGAGAAUAAAGAAAUCGAAUGAAAUGCUGCAGAGCAUAAAGCUUUUGAAACUUUACAGCUGGGAAGGCAUAUUUGUCAAGGCUAUUGAAGUGGCAAGGGAGAGGGAGCUGAAGUAUAUGCUGAAAGGAGCUGUUUAUGUCAUUGCAACAUGUGAGUAUUACCCAUUGAAUGCAAUAUAUUAUUUCUCUUCUAGUAAUGGCAAUGUGCUGGAGAUCCACAAUGGGUGUUUUACUUGGAAUAGAAAUUCUGACAAAUCUGUACUUCAGGAUAUCUCAUUAAAAAUUUCCAGAAGCAAAGUUACCGUUAUAAUUGGCAAGGUUGGAAGUGGAAAAACAUCAUUAAUAUCUGCCAUAUUAGGAGAAAUGAUGACUGUCUCUGGCCAUGUGGUGUGGGCGUCAGCCAAUCAGCCCCUAGCGUAUUGUGCACAGACAGCAUGGCUGAGGAAUGCUUCCUUGCAGGAUAAUAUUGUGUUUGAAGAAAGUUUUGAUGAAGAGCGUUUUCAGACUGUGAUCGAAGCUUGUGCUCUUCAGCCAGAUAUUGAUAUUUUACCAGCUGGGCAACUUACAGAAAUUGGUGAAAAGGGUAUUAAUCUGAGUGGUGGCCAGAAACAGCGUGUUAGUCUUGCAAGGGCUCUCUACUCAAGAUGCUCUGUUGUAAUUCUGGAUGAUCCUUUGUCAGCCCUGGAUGCACAUGUAGGAAGCCAUGUCUUCCACCAAGGGAUCAUGGGGAUAUUAAAGAGGGAACACAGAACAACCAUCUUUGUAACACACAAACUGGAAUAUGUUGAGCAAGCUGACUAUAUCAUUGUAAUGCAGGAUGGGAAGAUUGAAGUCCAGGGAACCUAUGAUGACAUCUCUAAACAAAAUCCAGACCUAGUAAAAGCCUGGAAAAGCCUAACAGCAAAAAGUGACCAUGAAGAAGAAAAGGACACUGAAGCUGAAAUGGGAGAUGAAGUUUCAAAAAUGGAGAAAAAACCUGUUGAUAAUUUGAGAGGGAAACUGAUUCAAGAAGAGGAAAGAGAAGAAGGAUCCAUACCCCUACAAAUCUACUUGCGUUAUGCCCGCGCCAUUGGCAUUUUCUUUACAUUGUUUCUCAUUUUCGCUGUGAUAACAAAACAAAGCUUACUGGCGGCUGUUGAUUUCUGGCUAGCUGAAUGGUCAUCUGCAGGGAACCAUUCCGAGACAACAGAAACUCAGUAUGGAAAUAAUGUGGAAAGUGCCACUUUGAAUCAUUUCCUUUAUGGAUAUAUUGGAUUGACUUGUAGUGGAAUCUUAUGUGCUUUGUUAAGUUCCCUCGCACAUGUUAUUUCAGGUAUCCGUGCUUCAAAAUAUCUGUUCACAAAAAUGCUGCAAAAUGUUACAACUCUUCCAUUAAGAUUCUUUGAAACCACACCUGUUGGAAGAAUUCUAAACAGGUUUUCAUCUGAUUUCAAAACCAUAGAUGAUCAAAUUCCGUCAAACCUGGAACGACUCAUGUGGCACAUUAUUAUGUGUUUAAGUGCCAUUGUGAUCAAUAGCAUUGUGGCUCCAUUUUUUCUCCUUCCAGUUAUUCCCUUACUUGUUCUCUAUUAUUUUCUUCAAAUGUAUUUCAGAGCAUCUUCCAGGGAACUUCAGCGGUUGGACAGCAUCACUAAGUCACCUGUGUUUGCACAUUUUUCGGAGACCCUUGGAGGUCUGACAACUAUCAGGGCAUACAGACAUGAAGACAAUUUUUUCCAACAAAUUCUUAACAAGAUUGACUAUAACACCAUUGCUUAUUUAUAUCUGAACACAGUAAACAGGUGGCUGGGAAUACGACUGGAUUUCAUUGGAACAAGUAUUGUCUUUGCUUCAGCACUCUGCUCAUUAUUGACAGCAACACUGGGCUACCUGCAAGCUGGACUCGUAGGCCUUGCUAUUUUAUAUGCCUUAAAGAUGUCUACUUAUUUAAAUUGGUGUAUCCGGGAAUUUGCAGAUAUGGAAAUGCAGAUGAAUGCAGUUGAGCGGGUGAAUCAUUACACUACCCUUCCUUCUGAGCAACAGCUGAAAGAAUCACAAAUUGGCACAGGCUCAAAUCUUACCAACUGGCCACAAUCUGGAGCAAUAGAGUUUAAUGAGGUCAGUGUACGAUAUGAUGAGAAACUUGAUCCUGUCCUCCACAAAUUGACACUAAAAAUAAACCCUGGAACCAAAGUUGGGAUCUGUGGACGAACAGGAAGUGGGAAGUCAAGCCUGGUAUUAACCCUUCUGAGAAUUGUUGACAACUUUGAAGGCUGUAUAAAGGUUGAUGGAUUAGAUAUUUCUUCAGUCACAUUGGACCAUUUGAGGCAAUCAAUCUCAAUAAUUCCCCAGGAUCCAAUUCUGUUCAAUGGCACUAUCAGAUUUAAUCUGGAUCCAGACUCGGUUCACAGCGAUGAUGAAUUGUGGGAAGCUUUGGAAGUUGCACAGUUGAAACCUAUGGUCAGUGAGCUCCCAGAGGGAUUGAAUACCCUUAUGACAGAAGGGAGUGAAAACUUCAGCCUGGGCCAGAGACAACUUUUCUGCAUUGCUAGAGCCCUUAUCAAGAAAUCAAAAAUUACUGUUAUGGAUGAAGCUACAGCAUCUGUUGAUAUGGAAACUGACGCAGCUUUGCAAACUGUUAUCCACAGUGCAUUCCUAAACAGUACAGUGCUUAUUAUUGCUCAUCGUAUACGUACUAUUAUGGAUUGCGAAAGAGUUCUAGUUAUGGAACAAGGAAGGAUUGUAGAAGAUGGGGACCCACAGACCCUGCAACAAAAUGAUGGUUUGUUUGCUAAGUUAGUGAAGGCAACCAAAUGAUGAAUACACACAUAAUAUGACUGCUAAUAUAUUCAAUGUUUUUUUUAAUUACUGUACAGUGGCAAGUAAAAGCAAGAGGGAUGCCUGCCAAAAUAAGGUAUUCUAUGGAAUAGAAAACUGUAUUAAUUUUAAGGCACUUUAUUAUUCAUUGAUUCCAAAGUAAUGUUAGAUAAUUUAAAUUGUGCUGAUUUUUGGAAAGUGUUACAUUAUGUUUCCGACUGUAUGAAAUGGCCCAUUAAUGGGAUUCUUGAUGUUUUUUAUUUAAAAGUAUUGUAAAUUAUCUUCAUUAAAAGAUUGAAAUGUG